CUACCCCUGGUGUAGAGCACCACUUCCCGGGCGUGCCUUGUUCAUCUGUCCAUCCUUUUACUUAUCCUGGACAAGUUCACAGCAAGGAAGCAAUAAUAGAGCGAAAAGCGGGGGGCAAUCCCUGGACAGAACGUCAGUUUGUCUCAUACACACAAACUAGCGUAAAUUUAGCAACAUCAAUCCACCUGACCGGUUUUGUCUUUGGAGUUUAUCCCAUGACGACAGCCUCACACUUUCUAGGAAAAGAAAAGCUUCCCGCCCCAUGACGCUGCCAGCCAGCCGUUCGGUCGGCCCUGCUCUCCUGUCAGUUCUACAAGUGUGUCCACGACUCCUCCCUCCAGGUCGCUAAGGUUUAAAAGACACCGGUCUCGUCCGCCGCUGCUUACGCCAUCUCAGCCUGACGAGAUACCAUGGCGUUUAUUCCUCCUCCUGGAUGUCAGCCCAUCUACAACCCGACUUUGCCCUUUUCCAGCCCCAUUUAUGGAAACCUCCGUGUUGGGAUGUCCAUCUACCUGCAUGGGAAGAUCCACCAUCACCACUCCAGUUUCCAUGUGAAUCUUCAAUGUGGCAGCUUUAGCGGUUGUGACAUCGCUUUGCACUUUAAUCCCCGCAUUCAGCUAUGGGACAAGGUGGUGUUCAACUCCUUCCAGGGUGGAUAUUGGCAGUCUGAGGAGAAGGCGCAUUUGCCCUUCAGGAAGGGAGAGGAAUUUGAGAUGGUGAUCAUUGUGAACCCGGAGGGUUACCAGGUCAAUGUCAACAGAGAGCAAUUGUACUUCUUCCAGCACCGCAUUCCUUUUGAGCAAGUAGACACCUUGGAAAUCGGAGGUGAUGUCAUCAUCCACACCCUGAACAUCAUUGGUGGAGGCUGGAGUGGAGGGAUGCAACCAGCAAUUCCUUCCUAUCCAGGUCAGCCAGGUUAUCAGGGUCAGAUGAUGAAUGUUACAUCCUUUUCUGGUCAGCCAGCAUAUCAGGGUGGAAUGCCUGGCUAUCAAGGAGAAAACCUCAUGAUUAUGAGUAGUCCAGCAAUCUCUAAUCCGGGAGUCCCCUACAGAAAUAUAAUUCCAGGAGGCCUUUCACCCAAGAGGACCAUCAUCAUUCGGGGCAUGGUGCUUCCAGGUGCUGGCAGGUUUCACAUCAACUUCAAGGUUAGCUACACGGGUGAUAUUGUGUUCCACUUGAGUGCUUGCUUAAGGGAAUACAUUGUCAUAAGAAACAGCUUCCUGGGCGGCUGCUGGGGCCAAGAAGAGAGGGAACUGGAGUUCAACCCCUUCCAACUGGGACAGUACUUUGAUAUGUCCAUUCGCUCUGGCCACCGGCGUUUCAAAGUAUAUGUAAAUGGACAGCACCUCUGCAGCUUCCACCACCGCUUCCAUGAGUUUCAGCAAGUGGACACACUAGAGGUUGAAGGCGACGUCCAGAUCUCUUACGUCCAGUUUUAGUUUCUCCACUAUGCCAGAAUUGCUUUGUGUUCAAUGUCGCUACACAGAAGUGUCCUCCCUCAGUUCAAAGUGACCUGACCACUCUGGCUGAAAAGAGCUGUUAAAUUUUAACAUCUCUUGCUCUUUCUAGAUUUGUAAUAGUAAUAUUUUUUUAAUGGAUCUGGUAUUUCAUUUAAUAAAGUUAUGCUCAACAAAAUCAUUUUCAUG